AUGAAGCGAGAAGAAGUUGCGAUGAUCAGAGACCGGGUGAAGCAGAUCAAGAACGAAUUCAUGGCACCGAUGCCUCGCCAAGACAUCGAAGCUCUUCUCGCUGACCGUCGGCUUUCUCGCACAUUGGAAGCCAAGAUCACUUGCACUGUCGCUCGCCAGAUAUGCCAUCGUCAUCAGCAUCUUCGGGCAAUCAUCUGUGAACAUCUCGUCCUGAAGGGCCAAACUCUUCCGGUGGCUGAUAUCGACGACCUUUUUUUCGAUGCCCAAGAAAGAACGAAAAAGAUGACUGCUUACUAUAACCAGAAUAAUUCCAGAGAGAUUGGUAUUCUCUUCUUUCACAUGAGCCACCACCUUCUCCUCACGAAGUCUCUCGGCCUGCACCCACUCCUUGACCUCGAUACCGCUGAAAAUUUCUUGAGGGAUAUGCAUGAAACCGAGAGAAAAAUCGGAAAUCGAUGGAAUCAAGUUGCCGCCCAGCUCAGGGAAGCCUUGGACAGGCAAGUGGUGGAUGAGGUCGGAGAAGACAUCAUCUGCAAUGAGCGGUUGGUCAAGCGCAACACCGAUAUGAUCGCAUCAAAGCUCGCCGACAACUAUUGGAAAACAUUGGAACAUGCAGAGAAGCAGGUCUUGAAAUUGUGUGCGACCAAAACCGGAGUAACAUUCAUGGAUAUACUCGACGCCCACACCAAGGCAUUCAAAGACCGCGACAGAGACGCAUUCCAAGUUGUCAAGCGCAUCGGAAAAGAGCACCGCGAGACUGUCAUCAUGUUCAAGCACGCAUCGGAUAAUGCCGAGUCACACAACGUCAAACUGGUCAACGAGCCCAGUGAGGAUGAUGUCACGGUCAACCAUCAACCUUCAACUCACAAUCCCAAGAUUGUCAAUACUCUGAUUGACCGACUCUCUGAUAUUAGAAAGGAACAAGGCCUCGAAGCCUUGGCGAUGAGAUGCGCCAAGUCUACUGCGAUAGGUAUACUUGUCGCGUGGGGGGUUGAUUCCAUCUAUAUGGAAGAAAACCAUCUGGCGGCAAGCCUGGAGAAGAUUCGGCUCCUUCAUCAGAUCGGACACCAGCGGAUAAUUCAGCAUUGCAUGGAAAGGGUCCAGGUGUUCUCCGAGGAGAGGAGUCGAGGCGGUCAGCCAGUCACCUGUUCCCAGCUCAUGCAAUAUACCAUGGAAGUCUGUAGGGACAUGGAGAGGGAGAUCGCACAAGAUGAGGGUGGAAUUCAUUCUGACAUCAUAUCGGAAGGACUGGGUUGGACCAAAGCUACGAAGAAUCAAGACCAGGGUGACAGACUUUAA